UUCAGAUCUCCAGACUCAAAUAAUGAUGGGAAAUAUGACAAGAACUUGAAUUGUGUUUGGACUAUCUCAGCUCCUGUAAACAAACAGGUAAAGCUGAUGUUUACUGGUUUUAUACUGGAAGCAAAGUUCUCGAGAGGAUGCGUCUAUGACUUUCUCAAGAUUUUUGAUGGUGGCAGCACAAACAGCACCCUACAAGGUACAUUCUGUGGCAGUAACAUGCCUGCAAAUUUCAUUUCUACCAGCAACUUCCUGACGGUCUGGUUUUUCAGUGAUUCAACAGUGGAAUGGGCAGGAUUCAGUGCCACAUAUGAGUUUACUGAUUUAUUAUGUGGAGGCAUCUAUAAUGCAACAUCUUCUGAAACAACGAUGACAUCCCCAGAGUCC